AUGUUUACAUCGUCAAUGCAUGCUUCUAAUUCUUCUCUAUCCGGUUCUUCAGUGAUUGUCUCGGGAUCAACGGCUACAAGACAAAUGUUUCACAAUCCAUCCUCUGCGUGUCGACCAUCUGGGUUCUCUAAAUGGCGUCGUUUGUGGGCUACUUUGGUAAUGGUAGGUGAUGGUCUCACUGCCUACAUGAUUUAUUUUGAACCAAAAGUAAAGAAUGCAGUCUACCGCAAUCAGUUUCAGGCUCACCAAUGCCAAAUCCAUUGUCUGUUUAGUCCUCCUGCAAUUAGUGCUUUCAAUUGUCAGAGUAAAGGGAAUAAUUUUAAAAAACUACGGAAUCCAACUGAUGACUUGGCAGAAGUAGACGUAGCUGAGGUUUCGGAGCUUCUAACAGAAUCAGACUGCAAAUCCGAGAUCUGUACUAAUAUUCAUUUUAAAACUACUUAUGACCUUCCAAAUCCCAACUUAUUAUUCAUGGCUGCAAAAGCAGAGCCUGGUAAACAUCGAAAUGGUACUUUAGACCCAGACUCCUUUUUGCUGACUGACUUCAUUCUAGGCAAAACCUAUCGCUUUCGACCAAUGGUUUUUCCCACAGAAAACCCUACAACCAAUUCUUUACCAAAACCUGACACUAUUCGUUCCAGUGGAGCAUUAAAUUGGUUUCUUCGUAGUGGCCUACAAAGUUCCCAUGCCUGCUCUAGAGUAUCUCAGUCAUCUGGACAAUCAUUUUCGCCAGAAGUUUAUGGCCCUGGUCGUACACGUGGUCUAUCGGCUCCGGGAUCGUUUAUUCAUCCCUAUGUUGGUUCUCGUUCCUCUGUUAAGAAAGGCAAGAGAGCUGCUAUAACUGAACUUAGAGACUCAUCUACACUCGAAUGUUUAUCGACCAACGAGAAUGUUGAUCUAUGGCUAAAAUGUAUUCAGUCUGUUAUGGGACAAAUUUAUAAAGCGUAUCUACGCCAAAUUGUAUCGUCGCACUGUACGACUCAAUCAAAAGCCACAAAUAGAACAAAUGACAUUUAGUAAUUCAUGGAUGUACUUGUCAAAAGUUUUGGUCGUAACAGUCAUUUGUUUGCAUUUCAUUGUGCUUAUUUAGUCAC